AAAAAAACUUGAUCCGCGGGGCACUUUGCUUUCAUCAGCAGUCUUUUUUUUUUUAGCGGGUUCAGCAUCUGAGCUUUUCUUUUCUUUUCCUACAUCGACAUACAGACAAAAGACAAGCUUCUUUAGAUUCGAAGCUUUCUUUAAUUCUUUUAAUUGUUUUAUUAAACACCGUCACUAUUCUACCGAUACAGAACUGUGUUGUUGAUACUACAAGCAUCAUGGCUGUUCGUGCUCAGUUUGAAAACUCCAACGAGGUUGGCGUCUUUGCGACGUUGACAAAUUCAUAUGCCCUGGUGGCUCUCGGUGCCAGCGAGAACUUUUACAGUGUCUUCGAGGCUGAGCUCCAGGACGUCAUCCCCAUUGUGCGCACCACCAUCGCCGGCACGCGCAUUAUCGGACGCCUCACGGCCGGCAACCGCAAGGGCCUUUUGGUGCCCACGACGACUUCGGACCAGGAGCUGCAGCACCUGCGCAACUCGCUGCCCGACUCGGUGCGCAUCCAGCGCAUCGAGGAGCGUCUGUCUGCCCUGGGCAACGUCAUUGCCACCAACGACCACAUCGCCCUGGUCCACCCUGAUCUGGAGCGCGAGACGGAGGAGAUCAUCGCCGACGUGCUAGGCGUCGAAGUGUUUCGCCAGACCGUCGCCGACAACGUCCUCGUCGGUAGCUACAUGAGCAUUUCCAACCAGGGCGGCCUGGUGCACCCCAAGACGACCAUCCAGGACCAGGACGAGCUGUCGAGUCUGCUGCAGAUCCCCCUGGUGGCCGGCAGUGUCAACCGAGGCAGCAACGUCGUGGGCGCCGGCAUGGUGGUCAACGACUGGAUGGCCGUUACCGGACUCGACACCACGUCCACCGAGCUGAGCGUCAUCGAGAGCGUCUUUAGACUCGGCGAAGGCCAGGGCCCCAGCAACAUCAACACCACAAUGAAAGACACCAUGGUGGAGAGUUUCUACUAAGCGGAUUUCUCUUUCUUCUUUGGUGGUUGACUCCGUUACUUGAUGUUGUUUUUUACUUGUUUUGGGAUUGUUUGAACAAACCGACACAGGCAUGGU